AUGUAAAGAUUGUAAUUAAUACAUGCAAACCUUUGCACAAAUUAAAAAGUUGUGGUUGAGAAAUUAGAGAAAGAAUAAAUAGGAUUAGUUUAUCUUAAUUCUCCAUCUGAUUUAAAUUCUUUAUCAAGCUAAAUGAAGAAAGAAUUAUGCUCAGCCGUAUGUGAAUUAGACAAAGACUCCAAUAUUAAAGUUUUAGUGAUUCUAUCUAAACUAGAUAAAGUAUUCUGCGCCGGAGCCAAUAUCAAAGAACUUAGUGACUGUUCAUAUGAAUCAUAGCAAAUCUCUGAUAUAUUCUAUGAAAUUCAUACUGUUUUUGAUUCAUUGAGAAAACCACUUAUAAUUGGUGUUAAUGGAGUAGCCUUAGGGGGAGGUUUUGAAUUAGCAUUAAAUGGGGAUAUCAUUAUUGCUUCAGAAGAUGCAAAAUUAGGAUUGCCAGAAUUAAAAUUAGGUGUCAUUCCUGGAAUUGCUGGAACAUAAAGACUGACUCAUCUUGUAGGUAGAACAACUGCUAUGAAAUAUAUCCUAACUUCAGAUUAGAUUACAGCAUAGGAGGCCUUAAACAGAGGAAUUGUUUCAAAUGUAGUCAAAAAGGAUCAACUAAGAGAUGAAUGCAUAAAGAUAGCGAAAAGAAUUAGUGAGAAAUCGUUAUACACUUUGAUAGUUGGUAAAACAGCUAUUAAGAAUGCAUAAGAGUUACCUUUAAGUUAGGCUAAUUAGGUUGAAAGAUAACUAUUCAAUAGUUUGCUCAACACUUAAGCAGCAAAAGAAGGGAUUUAAGCUUUUAUUGAAAAGAGAUCGCCUAAUUUUAGAAAUAUUUGA